UCUAUACACAGUAAAUGGCUCGUUUGUAAUCAGAUAUUUUCUUUCUGCUGACUGGUAGCACGCAACAAAAGCUUUUCCCUGUACCUCGGUACAUGAGACAUUAAACUAAAUUGAUCUGUACUGUUCAGUACAUCUACUACUUCUAUAACAUGAUUACUGAUUGAGUGUAAUUCUGCAUAAUUUACUCGGAAACGAUCUUAGGAAAAAUAUUUAUCUUUGCACAUCCUUUGACCGGUUCUAAAUUUGAUUUGCACUGAUAAACAGUGAUUGAUUACUUACUAUCAGUACACGUUUUCCACUGAGGAUAAUCAGCAGCGGUGACAUCUUGCAGAUCUAUUCUGGAGAGUAAUAGCUUGAGAGCGGGCUGCGUGAUUGGCAGUUUAAGAUCUGUUUAUAUAAGUGAGUCCAAUUGAUCGGCGAAGGGAAUAUUGUACGAGCUGAGGAACAGUGAGGAUGAUUCGUGCCGCGUUAGGUCAGAUGAAAACAAGUUUGGUACCGCGCAGGCUGUACGGGACUAAACCGAUAGAUAGGCGGUCUCCGCUCGCCAAAGCUACAGGCAGUCUAGUGAAGGCUUUCACUUCUGAUUUACGGAUCAUGACCGAGAGAGGAGUUCGCACAGAAGUUCGUGGAACCCAGAAAGUUCCAGGAUACAAACCCACAAAAUUUGACAGAACGAUUCUUCUGUGGUCUGGGCGUUUCAAGAAUGAGAAAGACAUUCCUGCUAUAGUUUCAUUUGAAAUGCUGAAUGCAUCAAGAAAUAGGGCUCGAGUAAAGACUUGCUACAUCAUGAUUGGUUUGACCAUUUUGGCCUCUUUUGCUAUGAUUGCAUCUGGAAAACAGGCUGCUGAACGGCAUGAAUCACUUGCCAGCUGGAAUAGAGCCAAAAAGGCAAGAUGGAAAGAAGAGGCUAUGCGUGAGCAGGAAGCUGCAGUGGCUAUCCCCGUUGUUAAAUCCUGAUGACCUUGUCAAAAUAAACCGUACAACUAAA